AUGGCUCUAUUCACGCGAAAUGUGCUUCUGUGCCUCUUUCUGGGCUUGAUUUUGUUCACCCUUCAGGCCCAGGCAUUUGGUGCUGGCAAUAUUGCCUCUAUCUCCGCCGUAGAGGGGAAGAAUUGGCGCCAUGGCGAUAUUGAAGACGUCUUGAAGACUGUGGCGUGUAUCCGCCAUCACAAAUGGAACUCGAUGAUGAUCAAACGUGUAUACUUCGGGAACUGGCUCCGCGACUACUCCCAGGCUAUGGAUACUGGAGCUUUGAAGAAAGCACAACCUGAGACCAUUCGCAUCUUGGUCUGGCUGCUAUCGUUCCUCGGGUUCGGUUAUGCAACAGCCGAGUUCGAGGUCACUUCUGAGCGAUUAGGGGUGUAUCGACCUGAAGAGCACAUCGACAACCCCAAAGACUACAAUGACAACGAGGACGCUCGAAAGUACGAUGUCCGCCUCCGGGCCCCUGUCCGGGACAUUGAAUUACAAGUCGACAUGGAGACUGGUAUGAAGAACUAUAUCGCCAAUGGGAAAGGUGACUGGGCUACCAGCGCGGCUUUCGUCAAGUACAGCUUUGAACGCAGCAUCCACCAUGGUCGUCUCUAUACCAAUGGCAAUGGGUUCUUUAAAGGGAAAGACGAAGAUCUUGCUGAGGCUCUAAGAUGCCUCGGACAAGGCUUGCACACACUAGAAGACUUUGGUGCCCACACAAACUAUGUCGAGCUUGCACUUCGAGAAAUGGGCUUCCACAAUGUGUUCCCCCAUGUUGGUACAGCCACCGCCAUCAACCUGCGUGGAAAGCAUGUUUUCCCCCUCGUCACAGGCACUUUCGGGAUGGUUGAUUUCUAUCACUCGGUUCUUGGAGAGGCAACUGACCAUUUCACACAGAGUGAAGUUAACGAGAUGGACAACGCUCUCGGCACUGCCCAGCAAGCCGCACAGUCAUCAAAUCCCUUGAUGACAUUGGUCAAACUUCUCUCUAAGGUCCCAGGAACCAAAGGUCUCUGUGAUGAGGCCGAGCAGCUGCAGGCAAGCGCCCAAGCCCAAGCACGUUCCAAUCAACAAGAAGGGUAUGGAGUGCAAGGGGCAUACCGCGGAGUAGAGAGCUAUGGAGAGUCUUCAAGGGGAGUAGAUGACUGGGAGGGUAACCGGGCAAGUCAUCCAAGCUAUUCAUCGCAGCCUCAGGCGUAUGAUGCAAAUUCUUGGACCCAACAAUCUGAGACCGGUUAUCAGCCGCGUUGGGAACAGAAUCCGCCUCAAUACCAACAGCAAUCGCAGUGGCACGAUCAAGGCGUAUCGCAAAGCUUUAACAAUCCAGCACCUCCUCAACAGCAGCCUCAGUGGCACGAUCAAGGUGUGACCCAAAUGUAUAAUAUACAUGACCAAUACGGCGGUACACAUCAGGGUUGGCAGCAGCCAUCGAUGGAGCCAUGGCAACAGCAACCACAGCAUCCGGACCCUCAUGCUUCACAGCCCGUGCAAUCAGCUGUUCCACCACAAGUGCCCACCCACUCGUCACAAUCUGGUGCGCCCGCUUCAAAUGCCCUCGAAGGCCUUCCAAACUUUGACCCAGCGAAGACAAUCGCUCAGAUCUAUCCGAUCCUUGCAUUCCGCGACAAAGUUGUACGAACAAUCAGUGGUAUCAUUGAAAAGAUUCCAGGUUUAGAGGCGCUUGUCGAUCGUAUCACCGAGACUUUGACAGUGUUUAUCCUUUCACUUUUGGCACCUUUUGUACGACCAAUUCUCAACGUAAUUUCGAAGGCCCUACAAACGGGAAGUGAGGGUGUCCUGGAUUCGUCCGCAAAGCAUCAAUACGAAGUCUGGACGGAUCCACACUCCACGGAUCCUACACAUUCGAUGCUUAGCAAGGACCAUUUCAGCAACUUGCUGAAUGAACCAGCGGGCAAUGUUGCGGCCGAGAUUCUUAAAUUCAUCGCUCCACGGGUUCUGUAUGCUUGGGAACACCCUGAUGUCCCGGUGCAGCAGGUCAUGCGCGACAUCGAAAUUAUAUUCCAUCAUCCGGCCAUCAGAGACGAAGGUGUGGAAGUCCACCGGAAUAUGUUCGCUUCAGUAAAAAGAUGGGUGGAUGGCUUACCUGACAGGGGACACAGCCUCGAGACCGUGUUGAGUUCAGACGGGGUGCGAGCAGGCAAAAAUCACAAAGCCGGCGUCAAUCCGCACAUUCAGCAUUCUUCUCCAAGCACAAGCGCAGCGCAUCAGGCAAGUUCUGGUCCAUUGGGAGGACUUGCGAGUUUCAUUCCAGGCCAGCACCAUGACGGCGGCGGCGGCGGCCGCCAGUCGUCCUCAAACUCUGGAGCAUUUGGCGGAUUAGCGAACCUGAUCCCUGGCGGGCACCAGAGUAGCAGUCAUGGGAGCAACCCGCUUGGUAUGGUCGGUGACGUUCUCGGAAACUUUACGGGUCAUAAACCAGCGCAGCAACACCACGGGGGAGGUGGUGGUCUGAGCAAUAUGCUGAGCAUGGCCGAUAAAUUGCCCCUUCCCGGCUCAUUCAGCAAAUACACCAAAUUCAUGGGCGGCUUCCCUGGAAGUGGGGCACGCGGUCUGGACGAGCAGGACCUUGGAUCAAGUGGCAGUGAAUUAGGGGGAUCAAAAGAACUGCAUGAGGCUGCGUUGCUGGGAGACCGCUCAAGCACUGGUAACAGAUCGCCCAGCCCCAGGCCCAUGCAGCCCCCUGCUGGAUAUGAGCAAUACGGCCGAGAAGGCGUUGGUGGUCAGGGAUAUGGUCAAGAAGGACAAGACUAUCAAUAUCAGACUUCCUAUCAGGAUCCGUACCAGAGUCAAGGUCAGUAUCCUGGUGGAGGCGAGGGCGCGGGCUACUAUGGAGGACGUUGA